AUGCCUUCAUCUAAUAAAUGGAUUUUGCAGAUCUUUCUAAUUCCCAUCAUCAGUUUAUUCUGCAUUUAUGCCUCGUUUAUGCUCUAUGCUAAGCCAACAAACAGAUGGAUUCUUCCUCCCAUGAAAUCGGCCACCUCAAAUCAAAGCAUGAAAAACAUCCUUGGUUCACGACACGAAGAUAAUCAAACUAUUGUGCUCAUUUGGCUGUGGCCUUUUGGUCAGAAAUUUGAGCUCAAUUCUUGUGGAUCUGUUUUUAACAUCCAUGACUGCCAUUUGACAGUAGAUAAGAACAUGUAUAACAAAUCCCACGCUGUUCUUUUCCAUCACAGGGAUAUCAGAGGAGACCUGUCCAAUCUGCCCACACAGCCUCGACCAGUUUUCCAGAAAUGGGUUUGGAUGAAUCUGGAGUCACCUACAAACACUCCCAAAAAUACAAAGCUUAACCGACUCUUCAAUUUGACCUUAACAUAUCGAAGAGAUUCAGAUAUCCCUGUGCCUUAUGGAUCGCUAACAAUAAACAGAGUUCAGUUAGCCUUUGAAUUGCCAAAGAAAAGCAGCCUAGUGUGUUGGAUUGUAAGCAACUGGAAUAUUAAGCAUGCCAGGGUAAAAUAUUACAAUGAACUUCGAAAAUAUGUUCCAAUUAACACAUAUGGUCGAGCUUUCAAUAAAUAUCUGAGUAAUAAUGAUUUUGUCCCAACGGUAUCUAAAUGUAAGUUCUACCUUUCCUUCGAGAACUCGAUACAUACAGAUUACAUAACUGAAAAGUUCUACAAUGCUCUGCUUACGGGUAGUGUUCCUGUGGUCCUGGGCCCAUCCAGGGACAACUAUGAAAAUUACAUUCCAGGUGAUUCCUUCAUUCACGUGGAUGACUUUCAUUCAGCCAAAGAGCUUGCUGAUUACCUUCACAAGCUGGAUGGUGAUGACAAAUUGUACAUGAGCUACUUCAAAUGGAAAAAAUACUAUAAAGUGAGGAUGGUUCAAUUCUGGCAAGAACAUGCAUGCUCUGUCUGUGAAAAUAUUCGGAAACAUAAAGAAUAUACGUCCCUCUCCAAUUUGAUGGAAUGGUUUUGGAAUUGA